UUAAUGCGCGUGUGGAAGUGUUUCAGUGAAGUUGAGAGUGGUUUUUUUUGGCAGCUUUACGAGCAUGGAGCCACAGAAGUAUUGGAUGUGGGUCUGUGUCCUGCUCAACGUGCCGCUUGCGAGGUGUCUGGAGAUGCGCCUUUCGGAGACUUCACAGCCCGGGACCGUCCUGGCAAACCUGUCGCUGGGACCUGGAUGGACUUAUAAAAUUGACAGGACUUUAUCCCACAACUUCCCCCAGAGCCUUUUCCAAGUGGGGAGGCAGGAUGGGGUCGUCCGCCUGUCCCGAGAAGUUCAGUGCGCGAACGUACUGAGGAACCCUGCGCCUGUGUAUUUCAGUUCAGGUUCCUCCACAUCUGGGGACGUUGUUUUGACACAGUUCAACGUGUUUGUCCAUGGCCAAGACUGUUUUAUCAAAUACAAGAGAAGGAAAGCGUCAGGUAAGCCAGACAUCCUCAUAAAACACCUUUAUGAAGUGGAGGCAACUUCCUGCUUACCCGCAGGUAAAGUGCUGUUGAAUGUAACAGAACAUCUGCCUGCUUUUACGCGCAACAUCGCUUUUUUGGACACUGAAUGCGCUGGGAAAGACUUGGUUGCAGUGUUCAGACGUGGGGAUUUAUUCUUGGCCAGUGACUUGUGUGUUGGGCACAGAGGACAGCCAGAAGUUAACUUGCACUGCGCCUUGCACAGUUCCCAAGGCGGCAGACUCUCCGUGCAGCUGAGCCUGACACUCGUUAAAGUGCCCAAACCGCAUGGAUCCUUGUCAGAGACUGGCCAGGAAAAGUCUGGCAGAGUGAGCCGCAGGGGAAAGAGACAGGUAAACACGUCUCCCCAGUUCCAGCUCCCGAACUAUCAGGUGUCCGUGCCCGAGAAUGAGCCUGCGGGAACGCGCGUAAUCACCCUGAAGGCCACUGACCCGGAUGAUGGAGAGGCAGGGAGGCUGGAGUACAGCAUGGAAGCCUUUUUUGACAGCAGGUCCAGUGACUUUUUCAACAUUGAUUCUCAGACAGGGAGCAUAACAACUGUCCAGCCCUUAGACAGAGAAGUCAAAAACACCCAUGUGUUCAAAGUCACAGUGACUGACAGUGGCACCCCAAAAAGAUCUGCCACUUCUUACCUCUAUGUCACUGUAAGUGACACUAAUGAUCACAAUCCGGUGUUUGAGCAAACAGAGUACCGCGUUAGUAUCCGUGAGAAUGUAGAAGUGGGUUUUGAAGUGAUGACAAUCCGAGCCACUGAUGGUGACUCCCCCUCCAACGCCAACAUGAUCUAUAAGAUUGUGAACGGCGAAGGGGUCAACACUGUCUUUGAAAUUGACCACCGCAACGGCCUGGUCCGGAUCAGAGAAAGGCCUGACAGAGAGACCCGGUCCCAGUACCAGCUGAUUGUAGAGGCCAACGACCAGGGCAAAGACCCAGGACCCCGCAGUGCGACCGCCACUGUCAACAUUUCCGUGGAGGAUGAGAAUGACAACUACCCGCAGUUCAGUGAAAAGAGGUACGUGGUGCAGAUCCCAGAGAAUGUGGCAGUCAACACAAAAGUCAUUCAGGUGGAUGCUACGGACAAAGAUGAGGGGAACAACGCCAAAGUCCAUUACAGCAUCAUCAGUGGAAAUGUUAAAGGACAGUUCUAUAUUCACUCCCCCACUGGUGUGAUUGAUGUCAUCAAUCCUCUGGAUUAUGAGAUAAUUAAGGAAUAUAAAUUGCGGAUUAAGGCACAGGACGGUGGGAGGCCUCCACUGAUAAAUGGCACAGGAAUGGUGGUGGUACAAGUGGUGGAUGUGAAUGACAAUGCCCCCAUGUUUGUGAGCACACCUUUCCAAGCUACUGUGUUGGAAAAUGUGGCCAUUGGUUACUCUGUGAUCCACAUUCAAGCUAUUGAUAGUGAUGCAGGAGAAAACUCUCGAUUGGAAUACCGGCUCACUGACACCUCACCUGAUUUUCCAUUCACCAUCAAUAACAGCACAGGCUGGAUCACUGUGAGUGUUGAACUUGACAGAGAGACCACCGACUUCUACACCUUUGGCGUGGAGGCAAGAGAUCAGGGGAUGCCUCAGAUGUCCUCCUCCGCCAGCGUCAGCAUCACAGUGCUUGAUGUGAAUGACAACGUUCCCACGUUUACAGAGAAAAUGUACGCGCUGAAAAUAAAUGAAGACGCUGUGGUGGGGACCAGCGUGUUGACAGUUACAGCUGUGGAUAGAGAUGUGAACAGCGUCGUCACAUAUCAGAUCUCCAGCGGCAACACGAGGAACCGAUUCGCCAUCACCAGCCAGAGUGGUGGCGGUCUCAUCACCUUAGCCCUCACCUUGGACUACAAACAGGAGCGCCAGUACGUCCUGACAGUCACCGCCAGUGAUGGAACACGCUCCGACACAGCUCAAGUGUUCAUCAAUGUGACAGACGCCAACACACAUCAGCCUAUCUUCCAAAGUGCCAACUACCAGGUGAUGAUCAGUGAAGAAAAACCAGUGGGCUCCACUGUGGCGCUAAUCAGUGCGACGGACGAGGACACGGGGGAAAAUGCUCGCAUCACUUAUGUGAUGGAAGACAAGGUUCCUCAGUUUAAAAUUGACCCGGAUACAGGUGCCAUCACAACACAAAUGGAGAUUGACUAUGAAGACCAGGCCUCCUACACGUUAGCCAUCAUUGCUAGAGACAACGGCAUCCCUCAGAAAUCUGACACCACAUAUGUGGAGAUUAUCAUCCUUGAUGCUAAUGAUAAUACUCCUCAGUUUCUCAGAGAUAUGUACCAGGGGUCUGUAUUUGAAGAUGCACCUGUCUACACCAGUGUUCUCCAAAUCUCUGCUUCAGACAGAGACUCUGGUUCGAACGGCAGAUUGAGCUACACAUUUCAGGGUGGCGAUGAUGGAGAGGGGGAUUUUUUCAUAGAGCCGUACUCUGGUAUCGUGAGAACAGCUCGCAAACUAGACCGGGAGAACGUUGCUGUGUAUAAUUUAAAGGCUUUUGCUGUAGAUAAGGGAGUUCCACCUCUAAAGGCAGCUGUUUCCAUUCAUGUUGUAGUGCAAGACAUAAAUGACAAUGCCCCCGUGUUUGAGAAGGAUGAGCUGUUUAUUGAUGUGGAGGAGAAUAGCCAGGUCGGAUCCGUCGUGGCCCGGAUAACUGCUGCAGAUCCCGAUGAGGGCACCAACGCUCAGAUCAUGUAUCAGAUCGUAGAAGGAAAUAUCCCAGAAGUUUUCCAACUGGACAUUUUUAACGGUGACCUCGUUGCACUCACAGAUUUGGAUUAUGAGACCAAAACAGAAUAUGUCAUAGUGGUCCAGGCCACCUCAGCACCACUAGUGAGCAGGGCCACUGUUCACAUCCGCCUGGUAGACAUGAAUGACAAUCGGCCUGUGCUGCAGAACUUUGAGAUUAUUUUCAACAACUAUGUCACCAACAAGUCUAACAGUUUUCCAUCAGGAAUAAUAGGAAAAGUACCAGCCCAUGACCCGGAUGUAUCGGAUAAGCUACGGUACAAGUUUGAGUCUGGAAAUGAGCUACGUCUUCUGCUAUUGAAUGAGGACACCGGGGAUCUGAGGCUGAGCAGGGAUCUGGACAACGACAGGCCCCUGGAAGCACCCAUGACCAUCUCUGUUUCAGAUGGUGUCCAUACUGUCGUGGGCCGCUGCACGCUGCGCGUCACCAUCAUCACUGACGACAUGCUGACCAACAGCAUCACCGUGCGUCUGGAGAACAUGUCCCAGGAGCGCUUCCUCUCUCCCCUGCUCAGCCUCUUCCUCGAGGGCGUAGCGGCUGUGCUCUCCACCAAACGGGAGUCAGUGUUUGUGUUCAACAUCCAAAAUGACACAGACGUGCAAGGCUCCAUCCUCAACGUCACCUUUUCGGCUAUGCAGCCUGGAGGCGUCCCGGGUAAAGGGACGUUCUUCCCCUCGGAGGAGCUGCAGGAGCAGAUCUACCUCAACAGGACCCUGCUCAGGCUGAUAUCAUCUCAGGAGGUUUUGCCGUUCGAUGACAACAUCUGCCUGCGCGAGCCCUGUGAGAACUACAUGAAGUGCGUAUCGGUGCUGAAGUUCGACAGCUCCCCUCCCUUCAUCGCCUCAGAGACGGUUCUGUUCAGGCCCAUCCACCCCAUCAACGGGCUGCGCUGCCGCUGUCCCCUCGGUUUCACCGGGGACUACUGCGAGACCGAGAUCGACCUGUGCUACUCGGGGCCGUGCAAGAACAACGGCAGGUGCCGCAGCCGAGAGGGAGGAUACACCUGCGAGUGCCCGGAAGAUUUUACUGGUGAACACUGUGAGCUGAAUGCAUCAUCAGACCGCUGUGUGCCCGGCGUGUGCAAGAAUGGCGGCCAGUGCGUCAACCAUCUCGCAGGUGGUUUCAUGUGUGAGUGUCCACCAGGGGAGUACGAGAAGCCCUACUGCGAGAUGACCACCCGCAGCUUCCCCGGACAGUCCUUCAUCACCUUCCGAGGCCUGCGGCAAAGGUUCCACUUCACCGUCUCUUUCAUGUUUGCCAGUAGAAAAAGAAAUGCUCUGCUUCUCUACAACGGCAGAUUUAACGAGAAACACGACUUCAUCGCUCUGGAGAUCAUCGACGAGCAGAUUCAGCUCACCUUCUCUGGAGGUGAGACAAAGACCACAGUGUCUCCCUUCAUCCCAGGCGGGGUUAGCGACGGCGAGUGGCACUCUGUUCAGCUCCAUUACUACAACAAGCCUAACAUCGGGCGUCUGGGCAUCCCUCAUGGACCCUCUGGAGAGAAGGUGGCUGUGGUUGCAGUGGACGACUGUGACAUCUCCAUGGCGAUUCGCUUCGGGAGGCAGAUCGGCAACUACUCCUGCGCUGCCCAGGGCACCCAGACCGGACAGAAGAAGUCACUGGACUUAACAGGCCCGUUGUUGCUAGGCGGCGUUCCCAACCUCCCCGAGGACUUCCCCGUCAGGAACCGAGACUUUGUGGGCUGCAUGAGAAACCUCAACAUCGACAACAAACCCAUCGAUAUGGCCAGCCACAUCGCCAACAACGGCACCACAGAAGGUUGUCCGGCGAAGAAAGACUUUUGCGCAAACAUUGUGUGUAAGAACGGAGGAGUGUGUGACAACAAGUGGAACACCUACGGCUGCAACUGCCCAACGGGUUAUGGAGGCAAGAACUGUGAACAAGUGAUGCGGUCUCCCCAGUUCUUCGACGGUCAGGCGUUGGUUUCCUUGAGCGACCCGGACAUCACCGUCGCUGUUCCCUGGUACAUGGGCCUCAUGUUCCGCACCAGGCAGCCCUCUGGCACCCUCAUUCAGGCCAACGUCGGACCCUCCUCCACCAUCAACCUCAUGGUGAGUGAGCAACAGGUCCGUAUGGAAGUGUGGCUGAGGAAGCAGCUUUUGGCGUCGCUGAGCUUCCCCCAAGUUCGGGUCAAUGACGGAGAGUGGCACCACUUGCUGGUAGAAUUGAGGAGUAUUAAAGACGGCAAGGACAUUAAAUACAUGGUCACGGUUUCCCUGGACUAUAGCAUGUACAAGAAGUCAGUGGAGAUUGGUAACGAACUGCCAGGUUUGAAGCUGCAAACUCUGCACGUUGGAGGUUUGCCUGGAGAAGGAAACCAUGUCAACAAAGGAUUUGUUGGCUGCAUACAGGGUGUCCGUGUGGGUGAGACAUCCACCAAUGUAGUCAACGUGAACAUGGCUCAGGGCCUGAAGAUCCGUGUGGAGGACGGCUGCAACUUGGACGACCCCUGCGACUCCAACAUCUGCCCCGACAACAGCCACUGUAGCGACGACUGGAGCACGUACACCUGUUUGUGUGACUCAGGUUACUUUGGUAAGGGGUGUGUGGAUGCUUGUCAGCUCAACCCCUGUGAGCAUGUUUCCUCCUGUGUUCGCAAACCAAGUUCCUCCCAUGGAUACACCUGUGAAUGUGGACCGAACUACUAUGGCCAGUACUGUGAAAACAAAGUGGAGAAGCCGUGUCCCCUGGGCUGGUGGGGCAGUCCCAUGUGUGGUCCCUGUAACUGUGAUACUUCCAGAGGAUUUCACAAAGACUGCAACAAGACCUCAGGAGAGUGUCGCUGCAAGGACAACCACUAUCGUCCCGAGGGCGAGGACACCUGUUACCCCUGUGAGUGCUUCUCAGUCGGCUCUGAGUCUCGGACGUGCGACCCCAUCACCGGACAGUGCCCCUGUAAGGGAGGAGUUAUCGGUCGUCAGUGCAACCGCUGCGAUCACCCCUUUUCUGAAGUCACGACCUCAGGAUGUAAAGCGGUGAAGAUGGGCUGCCCCAAGGCGUUCGACGCAGGCAUCUGGUGGCCAAAGACCAACCCUGGCCGGCCCGCGGCCAUGAACUGUCCCAAAGGAUCCAUUGGCACCGCCAUCCGCCACUGUAGUGAGGAGAAAGGCUGGUUGUCGCCCGAGCUCUUCAACUGCACUACCGUCACCUUUUCCUACCUGAAGAAGCUGAGCGACGACCUUCGGCGCAACAGCUCAAGGAUGGACGGCGAGCAAUCCAAGAACAUUGUGCGCUUGCUUAACAGCGCCACCAGCAACACCCCGCAUUACUACGGCAACGACGUGAAGACGGCCGCCCAGCUGCUGGAUCUUGUGCUGCUGUACGAGAGCCAGCAGGCGGGAUUCGACCUCACCGCCAUGAGGGACGCAGAGUUCAAUGAGAAUUUGGUGCGAGCGGGCAGUGCUAUCCUGGAUCCUGAAACCAAAGAGCACUGGGAGCAGAUCCAGAAGACCGACGGCGGCACGGCACAUCUGCUCCGCAACUUUGAGGACUACGCCAACACGCUGGCUAAGAACGUCAGGAAAACCUACCUGAAACCCUUCACCAUUGUUACGGAGAACAUGAUUCUAACCGUGGACUACCUCGAUGUGUCGGAUCCUGAAAGGGCGACGUUUCCUCGAUUCCAGGAAAUCAAGGAGACCUAUCCCAAAGAGCUCGGGUCGUCCGUCCACUUCUCCCAGUUCCACUUCGGCUCCCAGGACCACAGAGCUGAACCCAGUCCGGCCCCUCCGACUCCGACGGACCCCCCUCAGGAGGAGGACCACACAGUGUCUGAUAGGAGACGCCGACACCUCGAGCCCGCCGUCCCUCUGCCGGUUGCCGUGGUGAUAGUGUACAAAUCACUGGGAGAGCUGCUCCCGGAAAGAUACGACCCCGAUCGCAGGAGUCUGAGGCUCCCAAACCGUCCAGUGAUCAACACGGCCAUAGUGAGCGCCACAGUCCACAGUGAGGGCACGCCUCUCCCACCCACCUUGGACCCCCCCAUCACCCUGGAGUACAUCCUGCUGGAGACCGAGGAGAGGACCAAGCCUGUCUGCGUCUUUUGGGACCACUCCAUUGCGAUCGGAGGAACAGGCGGCUGGUCUUCUAAAGGCUGUGAGGUGCUGAACAGAAACAACAGCCACAUUAGCUGUCAGUGUAAUCACCUGACCAGCUUUGCUGUGCUGAUGGAUAUCUCCAAGAGAGAGCACGGUGACGUUCUCCCCCUGAAAAUUGUCACCUACACCACAGUGACCGUCUCCCUCACCCUGCUCCUCCUCACCUUCAUCUUGCUGUGCCUCUUGCGCCGGCUCCGCUCCAAUCUCCACGCCAUCCAUCGGAACCUGGUGGCAGCGCUCUUCUUCUCUGAGCUUGUCUUCCUGUUUGGCAUCAAUCAGACUGACAAUCCGUUCGUGUGCACGGUGAUCGCCAUCCUCCUGCAUUACUUCUACAUGUGCACCUUUGCCUGGAUGUUCGUGGAAGGGUUGCAUAUCUACCGCAUGCUGACCGAGCUGCGCAACAUCAACCACGGCCACAUGAGGUUCUACUAUGCCAUGGGCUGGGGCAUACCGGCCAUCAUCACGGGUCUGGCGGUAGGUCUCGACCCUCAGGGAUACGGGAACCCAGACUUCUGUUGGCUGUCUGUCCACGACACACUCAUCUGGAGCUUCGCAGGACCCAUCUUUGUUGUCGUCCUGGUGAACAUUGUGAUCUUUAUCCUCGCUGCAAAGGCUUCCUGUGGUCGCAGGCAGAAAGCGAUGGAGAAGUCAGGAGCGAUCCCUGCGCUCCGGAUGGCCUUCCUCCUCUUGCUGCUCAUCAGCGCCACCUGGCUGCUCGGCCUAAUGGCAGUCAACAGCGACGUGAUGACUUUCCACUACCUUUUCGCCGUCUUCAGCUGUCUGCAGGGAGUCUUCAUCUUCUUCUUCUAUGUGGUCUUCAACAAAGAGGUGAGGAAAAACCUCAAGAACGUGUUCACGGGGAAUAAGAGCGUGCCCGACGAGUCCAGCACCACGAGGGCGUCUUUGCUCACACGUUCUCUCAACUGCAACAACACGUUCACAGAAGACGGCCAGUUGUACCGCUCGGGCAUCGGAGAGUCCACCGUGUCCCUGGACAGUACGCUCAGGUCAGCUAAGAGUCGCAGCAGCUACCUGGCUUACGCGCUCAGGGAGGAGACGGGUCAGAAGCCCAGCGGCUCCUCAGGAGCAGCUAAAGGACGCACAGAUCUGGAUGGACCCCUGUUUCAUAGAAACGGUACCAAGGGAGAUGACUCGGACUCAGACAGUGAGCUGUCAGUGGACGAGCACAGCUCCUCCUAUGCCUCCUCGCACUCCUCCGACAGCGAGGACGACGACAUCGACGUCAAGCCGAAGUGGAACAACGAGAGGCAGCCCGUUCACAGCACGCCUAAAGUGGAUUCAGUGCCGAAUCAUACAAAGCCCUACUGGCCCACAGAGCCCACCACAGCCAGCGACAGCGAGGAUCCAGCUGGGGCCGAGAGGCUGAGGGUGGAGACCAAGGUGAACGUGGAGCUGCACUCGGAAAAUAAGCUCAACCACACCGGAGAAAGAGAGAGGGAGUCGCCCCAGGAGAGAGACAGACAGACCACCAGUAAUGCGAGAGACACAGCCCCACCUAGCCAGCACAACAGCAACCAUCAACCGGAGCAGAGAAAAGGCAUCUUAAAGAACAAGAUCAGCUACCCUCCUCCGCUCACCGACAAGAACAUGAAGAACCGCCUGAGGGAGAAGCUGAGCGACUACCACUCCCCCACCAUCACCUCCCCGCCCCCAAACAACAACAACACAACGUCUUCCCCGCCUCCGUCCUCCGUCAACAUCAUGACCCCGUCUUCACGGCCGCCCUCGCUGGCCUCCAACGACGGUGGGCACCCUGGCAACCACGAAAACAGCUCCCUCAUCAAGCCGCCCGUGGCCCCGCGGCCGCAGGUCCCUGUCGGACCCCCGCCGGCGGGCAUCUACCGGGAGACCAACGGGGGGCUGGCCAUGCACUUGAAGUCAGGGACGGUCAACGGAGACAACGAGUCAGACUCAGAUGGCAGUAACGAGACUUCAAUCUGACCUGUCAGGAUAAACCCAGACCGGCCCGCCCCUGGGAAAGAAGCGAGCCAGCGGGACAAACCACCAGGGAAGGAGAGCCAAGAGUGGAGGGGAGUUGAAUGAAAAAAUAAAUUAAGAUGGGGGGGUGCUGAAGACAAGGGUGAAAUGAGUGGGAAAAAAGCUCCUCUGCCUGAUCCGUCCUUCCAUCCCUCUGGUGUUCCCUCUCUCUGGAGAGCAGUAUUAAUUGCAGACUUUAAGACUGCCUGAGAAGCAGAGAUACCGAAAAGAUUUGAGAAAUAAUAAAGGGAAUACCAUGUUGGACAGAGGAUGAAAUGGAGCCACGUGUGCCAAAACCACUAAAGUAAAGGGGAAGAAGAUGAAGAAUGCCCCCAGAAUGCAUUGCAAUCCCCAAAAGGAUCGUUAUUAUGACACUUGCUGGACAAUAUUUUGGGACUUUGCAUUUUUCUCAUGGAGAAAAUCGGACGUAUAAUCACUGUGCAUGAACCAUACGUGCCAGUACUGCGGCUGCGGACGUAAACACGGCCCAAGCUGUUCCCGACACACGCCAAGUGCUUUUCUUCUUCUCCUCUUUUUUUAACUCAAAGAAAGGCAUCCAGUGCAUUUAGAGUGUAAUUAAUGUGUAGAUAUUGUUAAAGAAAAUGAUCUAUUUUGUAUUUCAGCUGCAGCAGGGAUGAGUUUCGACAACUAAAAACAAUCAUUAUGCCUGUGUUGCACUAGGAAUGCCUUCUCGUUGAGAAAAUCACUUGAUAUGCUGGUGUAAUCGACUGAGAACAAUUACCAGCGUGCCUUCAGGCCUCAAUCCAGGGCGCACACACACACACAAACACACACAGGCUUACAUACUCUUACUGUAUAAGCCCGGAGUGGGGUUCCAGGUGAUGUAACUCACUACAGACACACACACACACACACACACACACAACGGAUAAAACACUGUUGUGCUUGAGUGUGUAUGGAGUUUUUCAGUUGGAGCACUACGAACCUGAAACCUUCUCUUUCCAGUGUCCGUCCUGCCUCUUUUUCAAUACAACAAAUAUUCCUGGUUACCAAAGUCCUCAUAUACAGUCAACAUGCAGAUUUAAGUUUGGAUCAUUUCACUUUGAACUUAGCAGGAAGCAUGUUGUUGCCACACAUGUACAACGCAAAACAUAUCAUGUUAUAACGUGAUUACUUCUUGUAAAACAUACAUUUUUAAUAUUGUAGCUUAAAACCUAUCAAGUUAUAAUGUAAUGAUAAUUUUUUCUUUUUCAGACUUGACAGAAAUAUGUUUCUAAAAGGUUUCAAAGCAAAACCAUAAUUCAUGUAAACUCUUGAACAUAAAGACAAAUUGUUCCUUUAUUACCAUAUGUCUGAAUCUAAAUUCAUAGUGAAAUUUGCACCAUCUGUAUCCUGCAGCUUGUAUAAUGCCACUUAAAGCCUGGUUUACCACUCAGUGAACGCCUUAGUACCACACAGACUGUUCGUCCUCAGUGUUUUGCCGUCACGCAGUCGAGGCUGCCGAUAAAUGUCCUCGUUGUUUUAUUGAUCCCAGACACUGGAAAUGUUUUGUAACAUAAUGUAUAUUUAUUUUUUAUGGUUUUCAGACACUGGAAAGAAAGAAAUGAUUGUGACUGUAAAAUUAAAGAUGACAUGAUGACUUUUUAAAA